AUGAUGCAAGAACCAGAAUUAGUUAUACUAAUCUGUAAUUAUUUACCCAUCUUUCAACAACCAAAAUUAGUAUAUAUUAAUAAGCAGAAAGGUGAUUUUGAAGAACUGAAUCAAACAUCUGGCAACACAGAGGCAAUACAGGGUAUCCCAGUGAUAUCCAACGAUCGAUUAGGAAGAUUCAAAGCGAUAGCAGAAGUACUUGGUGGUGGAAAGUAUGAUCUUGUUUGCUUGCAAGAAGUGUGGGAUACUCAAGAUUACUUUUUUCUAAAGAAGUGUUUGCAGCAAGUUUUACCAUUCUCACAUUACUUCUACAGUGGAGUUUUAGGUUCAGGACUGUGUGUAUUUUCCAAGUUUCCGUUUCAAGAUGUAUUUUUUCAUCAGUGGUCUCUAAAUGGCUAUGUACAUAAAAUUCAACAUGGUGAUUGGUUUGGAGGAAAAGGAAUUGGAUUAUGUACUUUGAAAAUUCGGAAUAUGACUGUGAACUUGUAUACAGCUCAUCUUCAUGCCGAAUAUGACCGCACCAAUGAUGAAUAUUUGUCUCAUCGUGUAUUACAAGCAUUUGAUACUGCCCAGUUUGUACGACUGACCUCAAAAAACUGUGAUUUAGUAAUUUUGGGAGGAGAUUUAAAUACUGAACCCUCUGAUUUGUCGUACAGAAUUCUUUGCUCUGAAGCUCAAUUAGAAGAUGCUUUUGUUCAUGCAGGAAAUAUUCCAGAAGACUGCAUUGGGACCAAUGAAUCAGAUCGCAAUAGUUAUUCAGAUAACCGAAAAUUGCAGCUAAAUCCAAGGGGAAAACGUAUUGAUUAUGUUUUAUUUAGAACUGGAUCAUCUGUGCAACUAAAGAAAAUUAACUAUGGAUUGCCCCUUCCACCUCGUGUUCCUAGUUGCUCAUUUAGUUAUUCGGACCAUGAAGCAGUUUCAGCUUCAGUCACUCUCAGCAGAAACACAGGAGUCCAAGAGUCAUCAAGUUAUAAAAUCGAUGCUACUCUUCACAAACAAGCAUUGAAUGAAGGUUUGCUUGUGUGCAAUGAAGCUCUUCAAAAGUUGGCAAGGGAUAAGUAUUUCUAUUGGAUAGCAUCAUGUACAUUAUUUUUGGUAUUAUUGUCCAUUUGUAGCACAAGCCCACCUUAUGAAAUGCAUAGCUUAUAUAAAGUUUUUCUUUCUCUUAUAUCAGCCCUUAUGUGUUUCACUGGUUUCAUGUGUUUUAUAUGGAAUCGAAUGGAAGUAAAUGGAAUCAUGGCUGGAAAAUUAGCAAUGGAAUUAGCCUGUUCUAAAUGUCAGGGAGAAGUAGGUGAAGAAUCUUCAUCGAAAACAGGGCUAUUUGAAGAGGGGCCAAAAUUUUCUUAAAGAAUUUAAAUGACAGAGACAAGUUGUGCAAAUGUGUUUCUUCACAUGGUUGUGAUUUUCAGUUUUAUAUUACUGUUGCUCGUUUCUUUUUUAAUAUAAAAUGGCAUGCAAGAAGAUUGCCCUAAAACUUCAAUAUUUUUCAUAGUUAUACCUAGGAUCCUCAUUGUAAAGAUUUUAAAUUCUAUAAAAUCAUAGGCUUAUUGUAAAAGAGCGAAUGCAGACUGGCUUAAAAUGUUAAACAGUUGAAUGUUGAUGGUGCAGACUUAUGCUGACACGUACUGCAAUGAGUGUGUGAUGGUGUGUUACUUAUAUAUGUUGCACCAAACUUUUUUGUGCCUGAUGUUUGAGAGUCACAUGAUUGACACACAAUAGCAUCUGCUGUUCCAGUGACAUAAUCUGCAUUUGUUGCCACCAACUUGGAAUGAAUAAAUGGAAGGGAUAGAGCUUCAUACCAGCUUAGCACUUCUGCCAUGCAUUUAUGGUCCCAAUGUCAAAAGUAUAGGUCUGAAUUCUGGUAUGAAUUUAGAUAUUUUAAAAAAGAUCAUGCCAAGUGCUCGUGGCACAAGCAGUAAACUGUGGCAAUGAUGACUUUGCCAAGGCCCAACUAUCAAGCACAAGAAGACCGGUACUAAGUAUAAGUGACCUAAUUGGAUGAGAAAAAAAUGUGAGGUCAGUUUUGCUGCUGUGUAUGGUAGGAUUCUUGAUAAUUGUGAAUGGUAUUCAAUAAGAGUGUGGUUAAACCAGGAGUAAAAUGGACCAUUCCAAAACUUCUUUAGAGUCAGUUAGUUAUUUUCUAUUGUGAAAUUUUAUGAAAUAAGAACAAGGGCAUGAAUUAAUUUUCAAAUUAAGUCAACUGCCAAUAAAAGUCCAUCAUCAAUCUACUUAAAAAACAACUGAGACAUAAGGCAAUUUUAACAUAAAAAUAGUAAUACAGAUCAUAGGUAAAUUUAAUCAAACAUGUCAUUUCAGAAACAUAAACGUAGUUCUUAAUAAGAGUCAGUCAUUACCAUAAAUCCACUUUGACAAAUUGCUCAUUCUCCAAAUGGUUCCUCUAACAAGAAUAAAGAAUUGUAAUGAAGAUCUUGUACUUCUGUUUUUAUAGCAUAAAAAUAAUUGCUCAGAAAAUACGCAUUAUCUUAAUUAAAGUUUUGCAGUGGUAAAUUGCAGCUGUUAUUGAACUGUUGGUGCUGACUGAAUCUAAAUUUUUGAAAAGAUAUGGGUAUUUUAUUGGUAAUUGACCAUGAAUUAUUAUAUGAUUAAUGGGUAGAUCACAGAUGGUAUUAAUUUCAUCCCGUAAAGUUAUUAAGUGUAAUUUAAAAUAUUUUCUAGAAUUUAUAUUUAAUAUAUGCGAGUUUGAGUAAGAGAACAAGUGCACACAUAAGAGAGAGUGGUUGACUUAGAAAAGAAAGUAUUUGUUAGAACUUUUUGUUGGAUGUAAAUUUUAAAGUGUAAUAUUCAAUGUGACAAUAAUGUUUCUUGGAGGCCAAACUUAUUACAAUUUCAUAUGAAGCAUUUUAAAAUUUGUUUUUAAUACAAUAUGAUAUACCAUACUUACCUGAAUGUAAAACUAGGUUUACUUCAAAACAUCUCAUUUGAAAAAUGUAAGGUCAUCUUCCUUGGAUUAAGCCUGAUCAGUUGGGAUCAAUAUCUUUACAUUACCUUUCUCUGUCGAGAAACUUGAAAACCGAUGUAACAAUAAGUUUCAAAGGUGAUAAUAAAAAACUGUGUGUAUUUCUAGUACCUAUAAAGUUUUCUUAGCAUUCAUUGUGUAUAUGUUAAACGAUUUGUUAUUGAGGAGUAUUUUUAAUAAGCCAGCCAAAAGAGUGUCACAAACAAAUUGCAUUGUAGUAACUAUGGCAUACUUGCGUGGUAAUAACAUAUGAAUGAUAUUGUAAUAAAGUGAAAAUAAAUGGAUAUCAAAAAUUUGGUAUCACAGAAGGGUAUGUUCUUAGAUAAGCGAAGAAUGUAUUUCAAUGUGAAAAACUUUCAGGGGAACUAAAAGUUAGAAGACAACCUACAGUGGGGGGGCAGAGAAACAAUAUGAAGUAAGAACAAUGAUAGUUGUAAACAAGAAGUAAACAAAUACAGACAGAAAUACAAGACAGUAUUCUAGUCAAUGAGAGUAUUUGGGAUUUUAUUGUGACUGAAUUGUUGGUUGAAAAGGGAAGAAAAUUAAGGUGGGUUCUUACUAAUUAGGGGGUGUCAUAUAGUCAUUCAUCUUAUAGUUGGGUAAAUGUGGUAUUAAUUUCAAGCAAAAUAUUUUUUAAACAACUCCUAGUAAAAGUGAUUACUUUUAAGGCAUGCAACAUGUGCUUAAAGUUGAAUUUUAAGCACUAGUGCUAAAAGUGAGAUAUUGCUCACAUGUUCAGAUAAAACUUAUUUCAUCAAAGUAAACAAAAUAUUUUCAUGUGAUUGCAUCAGCUACUACUGACCUUGGUGUAAUCUACUGACUGCAUGCUUGAAUUAAAAUAAAAUGAAUGUCAGUAAGGUUGUCUUCAAAAUAGUGUACGACACAUAGCAAAAGUGAUUUUAUUUGCUCACAGGAUUGUAAAAUAAUAUGUUACUUUACCACUCGAAUCAUAAAUAACUAAUUGUGCUUGGAAGAUAAACUAGAUAGCUUUUCCUGUGCAUGACCUGUUUGUUUAGAGUGUCUAAAAAAAUGCAUGAUUGUGCAUAAAGUGCUCAAUUUUCAAAUAUACUUUUUUUAGUGUGUACAGAAAAUUACUUCUGAAAAUAUGUUGUCUUUUGUCUAUUGUUGUACAUUGUGAGAAUUGUUAGCAAUUUGAAAUUACUAAGCCCUGAAAUUUUUAAUUGUAAAAAUUUUAAAUUAAAUUUUUGCAAUCAGUGCUUUGGGUUUUACUGUUUAAAAUAUUUUUAUAGAGAAAAUUAUAGGUUUCCAUGCAAAUAAAAUUAAAACAGGCCGUAUACUUGACUUUCGAUAUUUCUGACAAUUGUUUUUUCAUGUAUUUAACGUGACACAAACAGUUAAGUACUCAAAUUUUUCGUUGGCUUUCUUUGAACUAUUAAGUGUCUACUUGUAUGUGAAAAAAUGUGUUCCACAUCAGAACUUCAUGGUGGUGAUUUCCUUAUGAUUUCAAGGCAUUUCUUGUACACUUUGACACCAGAGAACAUGAUUUACUCCCAGAUUUACUAAUUCCAUGUCUAAAUACAGUUUCUAACAAUCAGUACUGUAAUUAAUACCGAUAUUUAGGUGCUUCAUAAAAAUGAAGUGUUUUUUAGACUUACAAAAUUAACAAAAGUUGGAUAUUUACUGAACAUUUCAAUAUUUUCCACCUUUGAGCAUGGAAAACAGAUGAAGUGUAAAUCUAUGAAUCCAGGGGUUAAUAAUUACAAAUUUCUUUUAAUUUCUGCAAAUAAAAAAUUAGGUAUGAAUAUUAUAUAACAAUGUAAAAUGUAUUAAGUGAUGGAGAACCUAUUUAUAACUGUUUGUACUUUAAUGCUGAAUCAGUUCUGUAAAUUUUCAGUUAAAUCUGAGAAUGAAAAGCAUCAAGAUCAAAAGUAAAUGUUAAUAGAGGUUUUGCAUUAGAAGAUUGUCACCUGUUGAAUAUAUUAAUAAAAGUAUGAUAAUAGUUUAUUUUGGUAAUCACUAUUUUUGGAAAAUAGUGAAUAUAAUAAUGAUUUUUUACUGUUUCUUGGUACAAAACAUCUUUACAAAUUUGCAAGUAUUGUUUGAUAUGUGAACACUGCAGGUCAUGGAAAAUGAUUAUUGAGUGAAAGAAUCUAAUUGUCUUCCCUAAUUAUUAAAGCAAAUUUACUGGGAGAAAACAGUCCCACUUAAGAUAUUCUUAGUAUCACUUGAAAUUUAAAAAAAAUUCUGUCAAAUGACUGCGCAUAUACUGGUAAAUUAAUAUUUCAAGUAUGUCUAAUGAAGAUCUUCAGAAUAUUACUCUGUAUAACAUAUUUCUAAUUAAGUGUAUUUCUCUAACAAGGAGUUUUGUGUGGCACCAACGACCAAUUUGAAAACCAUGUGGUUACAUUUGAUUCAGCCAUUUUAGUUAAAUUCAUACUUACUAUUUAUUAUUUUAUUAUAUUUUCUUAGUAUAGUUGCAUUCCCUUUUUGUCUUUCAAAUUACUUAAGAAAUAAGCAAAUUUAUAGCAACUUUAUUUUUUGUCUUUAGAAUUAAAAUUACUACAUUGGGAUAUUUUAAGGAAUUUAAGUUUAUAAAUUAAUGACUAAUUCAAAACAUACCGAAGAUGAGAAAGUAAUUGAUUUCUGUUUGAAAAAUUUACUGUUAUUAAUAUUGUUAUAUAUUCUUAGUGCAGCUGGUUCUGUAACUGUAUGUAGUUGUUCAAUGUAUACAAGCUACAUAUUUGAUAUAUUUGUACAUUUACAUUUUAUUGUAUUAAUGUUCUGAAUCAUUGGUGUUAUUCUCUAUAGAGGUUCUUACUAUUAUUUCUUUACUCUGUUUUCUUCAUGCUACAUUUUGUGGAAACUUGCUCAGACUUUCUGCUCAUCUGUCUUGUACCGUCCAGUAAGGCAUUUGCAACUAAAGGAAAGUAAGUGUACAGGUAGUAUUUCCUUGCAAAUAUUUCAACUUGUAGACUAUGACCAAGUUGUAAAGAAAUAUAUAUCAAAAUAAAGACACUGCAGUUACUGU